CCACUAGAAGCAUCAUCUCCCAGAAGACCGCGGUUCUGGUGACAAUGGAGGCUUCUCUGUCCUUCCCGUGACUGGAGCAAUGCUGACCUCGGUUUCCUGGACCCAUUCUGACUCAGGAGCCUUCACCUAAAUGGGUCCAGUCAUGCCUCCCAGUAAGAAGCCAGAAAGCUCAGGAAUUAGCGUCUCCCGCGGGCUGAGUCAGUGUUACCGGGGCAGCGGCUUCUCCAAGGCCCUUCAGGAAGACGAUGACCUCGACUUUUCUCUGCCCGACAUCCGAUUAGAAGAGGGGGCCAUGGAAGAUGAGGAGCUGACCAACCUGAACUGGCUGCACGAGAGCAAGAACUUGCUGAAGAGCUUUGGGGAGUCGGUGCUCCGGAGCGUCAGCCCCGUCCAGGACCUGGACGAUGACACGCCCCCGUCGCCCGCCCACUCUGACAUGCCCUACGAUGCCAGGCAGAACCCCAACUGCAAGCCCCCCUACUCCUUUAGCUGCCUCAUAUUUAUGGCCAUCGAGGACUCUCCGACCAAGCGCCUGCCAGUAAAGGAUAUCUACAACUGGAUCUUGGAACAUUUCCCGUAUUUUGCAAAUGCACCUACUGGGUGGAAAAACUCGGUGAGACACAAUUUGUCGUUGAAUAAGUGUUUUAAGAAGGUGGACAAAGAGAGGAGUCAGAGUAUUGGGAAAGGGUCAUUGUGGUGCAUAGACCCGGAGUAUAGACAAAAUCUAAUUCAGGCUUUGAAAAAGACACCUUAUCACCCACACCCUCAUGUGUUCAAUACACCUCCCGCCUCUCCUCAGGCAUAUCAAAGCACAUCAGGUCCACCCAUCUGGCCGGGCAGUACCUUCUUCAAGAGAAAUGGAGCCCUUCUACAAGAUCCUGACAUUGAUGCUGCCAGUGCCAUGAUGCUUUUGAAUACUCCCCCUGAGAUACAAGCAGGUUUUCCGCCAGGAGUGAUACAGAACGGAGCGCGGGUUCUGAGCCGAGGGCUGUUCCCCGGAGUCCGGCCAUUGCCAAUCACUCCCAUCGGAAUGACGGCCGCCAUGAGGAACGGCCUGGGCAGCGGCAGGACACGGACAGAGAGCGAGCCGUCGUGCGGCUCCCCGGUGGUCAGCGGGGACCCCAAGGAGGAUCACAACUACAGCAGUGCCAAGGCCGCCGCCGCCAGGAGCGCCUCGCCCGCCAGCGACUCGGUCUCCUCCUCCUCGGCCGAGGACCACGACGAGUUUGCCACCAAGGGGAGCCAGGAGGGCAGCGAGGGCAGCGUGCAGAGCCGCGAGAGCCACAGCGAGGCGGAGGAGGACGAGCGCAAGCACGGCCCCCGGGAGGCCCCGGGCGACGGCGGCUGCGCGGCCCCGCACAAGAAGCGCCAGCACCUCGCCAAGGCCCGGCGGGUCCCCAGCGACACGCUGCCCCUCAAAAAGAGACGCACGGAGAAGCCCCCCGAGAGCGACGACGAGGAGAUGAAGGAGGCGGCGGGGUCGCUCCUGCACUUGGCAGGGAUUCGGUCCUGUUUGAACAACAUCACCAAUCGGACGGCAAAGGGGCAGAAAGAGCAAAAGGAAACCACGAAAAAUUAAAAAAAAACAAGUCACUGAUUUGUUUUGAACUGAACGGCCAUUUGGUUUCAGCAUGUCAGGAGAUUUCUAAUGAUUUGUGGCAAUAUCAGCAAUUUCUUUUUUUUUUCUUUUCUUUGUUUUGGGUUUGGUUUUCUUUCUUUCCUUUUUUGUUUUCUUUUCUUCUCUAAUUUGCCCCCCCUCCUCCUUUGUUUUGGACCCUUGAGAAUUUUACGUUUAAAGGAGAUUGAAGCCAUAGACUCAUUGACAUUCAGCUGUUUUACAAACGCUUCUCAUUAUCUGAAGACAAAACCGAAAAAGCCAAAAUUUAUCACUGCUUCCUCCCGCUGGCCCCGUGGCUGGGUCCGCAGGGGUGUCGAGGAUGCCUCGGAAAAGCCCGUGUUUGGCACCUGCAAGGCAAAGUCAUCACCGGUCAGGCCUAACCGUUAGGUUUACAAGGUCAGGAUGUCCACCCAGUGGGGUUCACUGAGUGAAUGUGCGUGAGGCAACUGGGGAGAAGGAAGAGCCCCUCGCCCCCCGGGAGCAGGCCCCAGCUUGUGGCGCCAGGCAACGUGUUGUGCCAGGAAACCCUGGGCACUGCCGCUCAGCGUGCGGGGUCGGGGCGGGGUCCCCGGGCCUCAGUGCUUCUUAGUCCUGAAGCCUCCUGAUGUCGCGGUGGACACUGGACCAUUCACGGACACUGGUGUCAAUGACUAAGGAAAGGAAAUGGGGUCAGUUUUUAGUGAUGCUCCUAAUCAUUGAAUUCUGUUCAAUCUGAAAUUAAGAGAAUGUUCCACAAGCCAUAAGCCUGAAGGGUUGGCCCUGCCCACACACACACACACACACAUACAUACAUACAUACAUACACACACACACGAGAGUGAGAGAAAAGCCACAGACAGGCUGUUUUCUUAACUGCCCAAGUGAAAAUCAAGUCCAAGAAAUUACAAUAGUUGUCAAGAAAGAAAAAAAUGGUACAAACCUUUUUUUGUCAAAACUAUUUGAUCCAAGCGGGGGGAAAAAAAAAAAAAAACAAACAAAAAGCUAUGGAACCUGCCAUUAGUACUGUGGUCUAUUUUUUAAAGAUGAAAGGCACAUUGAUGGACACACACACACACACAAAAAAUGUGGCAAAAAGGCAAAAGAAAACUCCUAUACUGCCCUCAAAAUGGAGUUUGCAGAUCAUGUCAGUCAGGAUUCAUCUUUGCAAAAAUCAGUGAUUUCCACAGUCAGCCCGUUGUAGCCAGCAGAAAUUUCCGAUCCACAAUGCAUGGAUUCCUUCUAAAAGAAAAAGGAAAAAAAAAUCAUAAAAACACAAACUUUUUUUUAUUCAAAAAUAAAGUUCUUGUAAGGUAAAUAAUGUAUUUAGCAUGAAGCAUGAAUUAUUUUCAUAUAAAUAUAGAAAAUAGAGAAAAGGCUAUGCCUCUAAUGUUUAAGCCCUUAGGCUUAGAGGUUCUUUGGGUUUUCUUUUUUGUUUUGUUUUUCCUUUUGUUUUGUUUUGGUUUUUUUCCCAAUUAUUUUGUUUUGGUUUUUUGAAGCAGGUGUUUAAGGUUUAACCUUCUUCAGGGACAAAUUCUGACUGUUGGGGAACUAACUCUGCAAUAUAAAACUAUUUCAUGUUCCGGUAGGGCCUGCCUUGUCUGCACUUCAGCCCCAACCCCCUUCUGAUUCUCUGUGGAAAGUGUGUCCUUUCUCUGGUGUCUGGACAUGUUUAUCAUGAUGCAAUAAUUUGAGGGCAAACUUCGUAGCGAGUGUGUAUGAGAGAAUUAGGGGACGCUGACUGGGGUAACCAUCACCGCAAUUUGGUCCUAGGAAAAAGGCAGUGGAUAAUUAUGCAAAUUCGUCAGGAGAAGGGAAACAGCGCUAAUGGGCCUUAUUAGAUGAGGGUGUGAGUUAGGGGUCACUCAAAGUAGGAAGCGACACAGGUGUGGGAAGGACCAGCCUACAGUUUUCCUGUGACUCCCUGUCACGGUGGGAAGGAGGGCCCGGCCAUCUCUACCACCUCCGCACACGAACCAGCCUGGAUUUAAGCCCAUCUAGGUUGUGAGAGCGAAACUUAGACCACAGGACGAUGUCCCGCAGCCCAGAAACUCCUGUUCUCUUUGCCUAAAGAUGAUUGGGGGAGACCCAAAGAGAAACCUAAGAAUGUGAUCUUCCACCCGAGUGGAGGGGAAUUGUAAAACACCAACAAAAACACCCACCACUGUGGCUCAGGAUGUGACGGGGAGGGACAGAAGUGGGUCGUGUUGAUCUUUAAAAACGGGGCAGGGAGGCUGCUGCGUGCCUCGUGCUCAGCUUCCUGUGGUUGCUGAUGAGAGACCCUGAAGAAGUCACCUGCACACCAGGUCGACUGCGUUAUCUGAACCUGAACUCUUCCCGCAUAUUCGGUCACGGGGGAGAAGGGAGUAAGGAUAUAGUUUUGAAGUACUCCGUUCCCUCCAUCUCACCCAACAUUCGACACCCCAAAAGCCAUGCACAGCUCUGAAACCCGAGGGACACCGGUUUGUGUUGUCACCUGAUCAAGCCCAGGAAAUACCGCCCCCCACCCCCACCCCCAGGUAAAAUGUAGACUUCCCUCCAGAAAGGCAGAUACAGGUUCAGGACUGUUUCUGGCGAGGGAGGGGGGCGGUUCUUCCGAUUUAAACCCCCCACGGUGGGCUGUCUCCCCUCAUUUCAUUUUUCUAAAGGAGCCAAGGCCUCUUUUAGAAAAUAAUAAAAUGCAAUGUGUGUGAUUUACUUUUCUGAUCUCUCUUGAGAAAUAGAUAACUAUCUUAUAAAAGUGUGUUCUUAACUCCAGAACCACUCUUUUUGCAUAAAUACCUCAUUGGGCAGCUUUCUAAGUGUUAUUUUCCUUGAGUUCCCUCGGCCCCUUCGCAGGGGCUGCCGGGGGGACUUGCAGGGAAAACUUUAGUGAGGGUACUUUUUUCUAUUUUUCUUCUGUUUUGGGGGGCAUACACAUUAUGCAUAACCAAAACAAUGGCUCAAUUGUGUUUAAACUUUGUAUUUCGAUUGUUUGGGGGGAGGGGGGAUGUGUAUGUGGCCGUUUGUAGUGAGUUCAUUGCCGAAGGAGGCUGUCCACGCCCUCACCACGCCAGGGGCAGGAGCACGAGCACCCCCUCCCCAGCAGAGAAUUUAAGCACAAGCCUAUUUGUGAGAGAGUCUUUUUGCUCGCGUGUCAUUCACUUUCGUCUCGGAAUUCCUUCCCGAACGUCAGGUGUUCUGUAGCUUCCACACCAGCCUGUGUGCUCAUUAGUCCGACAGGUCGCCCGGGCUCCAUUCGAGGGGUGCGGCGCUUUGGCUUUUGUGUCUCCCGCGGGAGCAGUGGCGUUUCACGUGUCAUUCAUUCCAGUAUCUCACCUACUCAUGGGGGGGUGGGGGGGUCCGGGGAACUAUAGCAAUAUUUCCAGAUGCGUGGGAAAGCAGCCAUGAACACUUGAGCACCGUGACAUCUGCCGUUACUUGCUGUUGGCCCUUGGGCACAUUUAAGAGAAAGAGGCCGUAGCUCUUUUUUCUUAAAUGACUUACACGUAGACAGUUAUGUUUAUGCUACUACCGUGGUCUUCUAUCUUUAUCUACUAGUCCUCUGUGGAAAGGGUUUGUCUGCAUCAUAGAUUUCAUUCCCAGCCUUAUAAUCUACCAUAGCUCCUAUGUCCCCUCCCCCCUCAAGUCGGUAUACUUUUGAGAGUCCUUUGGUCAAGUUGUCUUACCUGGAAAUGGCCCAAACCCACAUGGAGAGGGUGGUUGGAGACAGCCCUAGCCAAGACCGCCGUGGCCAGUUUCCGUCUUGGGCGGGGCUGAGUGUGUGCGAAGGCCAGUGUCGGCGGCCUUUCCCAAGAACCGGUUUUCCUUGGAGAAGCACUGGGCAUGGGCCCAGCAGGUACUGCCAGGGGGCAGCCUGCAAGAGGCCAUGUCUCUGAGCGCUGUUCCUGCCUGAGGGACAGCGUCUGGCUGUGGGCUCUGCAGCGUGAAUGGCUCCUGUGCCCGCUCCUCCCUGGCACAGCCCAGGCCUGCUCAGCGCCAAGUGCUGCGCCCACACCGCGUGCAGGACCUGGGCCUCUGGCCGAAGGGCUCUUGGAGAAGGAGUCAUGCGUACGAGUGACCUAACGGGAGGGUCUUCCCUAUGGGACUGGAUGGGUUCAAUGUGACUUCUCUUUCCCUUUAAACUUGAUUCAGGUUGGGAGUCCUUUCUUUCUGGUGGAUCACAGCUGCCCAGAUGUUGCAAUUUAUUUUCAUGUUUCUGUAGAGAAGUGUUUUUUCUUUCAUCUUCAGGAUGUUUUUUUUGCCACCAAAAGAACACAUAUGAACUCUGUGUCGUCGUCCCCCCUCCACCCCGCCCCCGCCCCCCCGAUUGUGACUUACCAGUGUUGACAGUUAAACCCUUAGUGUCAUAGGUCCCGGCCCUCCAAUACUAUAUCAAACACUGUUAUGCACAUAAUGCAGCACUGUGAUCUAAUUUAAAUAAUACUUUUUUAUUAUUUAUACUACUAUAUAUAAUAUACAUCCACACUUUUGCUAUAUAACCUAAGUGGAUAACCCUCUCUUAGUUACCUGCCAAACUCGGGACUUUGGUUUCUAUUGCAGUUAACGCAGUUACAACGUCGUAAUGGUGUCCUCUUUUUCCCUUUGUAACGGAAUGUGUAAAUCAAAGUGUAUACAUUGUGUGGUGUUCCUGUUUCUGGAGUUUCACGAGGAUUUACACACAGCAUUCAGUGUUCUGUAUAGACCCGCCCACCUUUGUGAAAUUCACCCGUCAGCCCCUCUCCCUUUGAGAGAGCACCCACCCGCCCUGGGGGUUCACUCCUUGUUUCCUCUCUCUCCUACUGGUCAUCCUUGAAUUAAGCACAGACUCACAGCUCAGUUGCUUUAUCAUGAGAAAAAUGCGUGUGACCUUGCCAUUCUUCCACAGUUCUACAAACAAGUGCUAGCUUCACCGACCAAAAAAAUUAAGGAGGGAAAAUCCGAUUUUUAAAAAAAAACAACAUCUUUUAACAGCCGAAACCGAUGUGUCUAUGGUGCUGUAUCCUGCUGUCUGUCGUACUUUUGAAAUCAGACCUAGGCGAAAGAUCACUUCUGACUUAACUGUGAUGUGCUCACAAGCCCCCGUCCUGUUCGUUCCGUUCCCGUUGAAAUCAAGAGUAUUUAUUGGGGAUCUGUACAACAGUGUUUUCCACUGUGUUUCAUUUGCAAAGGCGGAGAACACCCUUCCCUGCUUUUGCAAAUAAUUAAUAUUCCAUAUUGGAUUCUCGGCAACUUCGAUAUGGCGAACCUGUCAAACCUAGAAAUUGUAUUCCAUCCUUUCAUGACUGUGGCCUGAGUUCCCCGACACCCCCCCCCCUUUAUUUUAAGAUGAAACUUAGCACCAUUUCAGUUCUGUAAACAUUCAGCUUCUGCAAAUGUACGUGGAGGCCAUCCAAGCUCAUAGCCGAUUCAGUAGCCAGUUCCGCGCCGUGUCAUUCACACUCACUACUUACACUGCCAUGGUGACAAUGUGGAGGAAACAGUAUCCGUGUGUGUCUGGGAAGCAUCCUACACUUGUACCAUUUUUUAAAAAAAUAUAUACUCUUGAUUCUGUAACACUUCUGAGGUGUGUUUUUGUUUUGCAGAAAAAUAAUAGUGAUAAAGCAAUCAGAAGACCCAGAGGUUUACUCUCAAGGCUUAGGGUCGACCUUCUGACCUUUGCUGGCCAAUCGACCUACAUGGCCAAAUUAAUGUAUUAGCGUCAUACUUGUUCAGAAGCCAAUUUUCUUUUCUGUAUUUUCUGUAUGAAACUGCCAAUAUCAUGACUAGGAAGGGAGAACCGUAGAGGAGAAGGAAGGUGGCGUUCCGUCGCGUUCGCGGUCCGCAGCAGGGAGGAGGCAGGCACGAUGGGCCGAACUUGAGGGACCUGAUGGUGUUGCUUUGGAGGUAUCCAUCCUUGCGUUUCGCAUUCUUCAUAUGUAAUCAUAUUGCCAAAGACAAACUAUUUCAUCAUUUAUUGUAAAUAACACUUUCCCCCAGACCUACCAUAAAGUUUCUGUGAUGUAUUGUCUUCCAGUUGCAAUAAAAAUUACUGAGUUGCAUCAA